AUGGAGUUGUGCAGAGGUAUCGGAAGUCGACAAGACAGUGGUUUUUCUGAUAUUAUCGCACGGAGUAGCAUCAUGGGAGAGGUCAGCGAUACCAGUCUUCAAGACUCUCUGUUGCAGUCAUCCCCGAUCGGAUUUCGAUCUCCGGUGCCAAGGUCACUCAAUCAGCAGGACGCCUUGAGAUUGUGGCGGCCACUUCAUCGGCUGCCCGACUUCCAACAAAUCACUUCUCGGGGCGCUUUGCCCAUUAACCCAAACCGUUCUUUCAGGCCAAGAUCAGCGCCAUUGGUAAUAGAUAGGUUCUCGUUGCCGGAGGAGGAUGAAGAGCAGGAUAGGGAGCAGGUGGAUGACGAAAUCGCGGAUCAUGAGCAUCACCAUCGCCAUCAUUAUACUCAGCACCAGCAGCAGCAACAAUCGAUUAAUCACCGUGAUCACUCACCUCCCCCACCUGUCGUUUUUAUCCCUCGUGAUCGAAGGAGAGCAGGAGCUCUCCUUGCGGAUAUGUGUCGAUGCCUUGGACGAAAUUCAGCGAGGCGCCAAUCGGUUGAUAUGCGAUCCGUGUCGACGCAGACAUCUAUUUCGCCCUUAGAGGCGUGUCCACGACCCACUCCACACAGACGUCUGCUAUCUGUGAGGCCUCAGUCCGCACCGCUGCAGGAAGAGGAGGAGGGAGUGGAGAACGUGGAGAGGGUGGCAACAGAGGAGGCCGUGAAGCCCUGGGGACACCAUCACCACCACCACCACCACCAGCUACUCACCCCGCCUGUCACUGCUACCACUGUCUCUACCACCGGUUCGUGCUGCCGCUUCUGUGUGCAUUCACAACGCCAACUGUCAUCUGCAAAUUCGUCGCGUUCCUCGUCGGUAUUUGUGUUUGGAGAAGACCUUCUCGAACUGAUGGGUGACUGUGGAAUCUCCUCCAGCCCGUGCUGCAGGACCCAGGAUGCAGAACCUCCACCAGCGCCUACAUCAGAGGCGGUUGCGGAUUCUUCACCAGACCCUGAGAUGAUGCAUGAGAUGUCUGCCUACCUUGAAGUACCCCAGUCCCAACGACCUACCUACAUCCGUCUCAGAUCCGCCUCCGCUCCCAUCGAUGAUAAUGACAGCGAGGACGCUCCACAACAUUUACAACGUCUCAUACGACGGCGACCGCGUCGUUAUUCCUACAACUACGAGAAUCUAGUCAGUAUCGCCCAACGCAUCGCGAAUGCAGGCGAUGCCUUUGAUUUUGAGCAUCGACAGAGCAACAGCAGUACCGCAUCGUUUUUUGAGUUGGGCAGAAGCACCAGUUCCCUCCAAUGGAUUUCCUCCAGUUUAGCUGACCUUAUGGCUCGACCAAUCGGAGCACUGCGGAACCUGUGGACUUCAGGACCGUUACCGUCACCAAAGGUGCCAGGUUAUUUGCGGAAGAUUGAGUUAAAGAAACGUGAAAACAACGGCAAAAGUCGACGAUUUCUGGAGUCUCUUGUAAUUUCCUGCGUCAGUUGCAGAUCUGCGUCCCUCCAGAUUGCAUGCUGUGAAGCAAAUGUACGACGCCGUGACCUUGGACAACCAUUUGUAGAAUCGCGCGACAUACAGAAUCCUCGCGACGAAUCAGUAAAUAAAAUGGUACAUUCCGCCCAACCGGAUGAAACACUCGUCAAAUUUCUCAAAUUUAUUCAACUUGAGGAGUGCUUGGAUAUUUUAAAUGAGGAAUUGAAUGUUAAAAGUUUUGCAGACUUGAAGAAAUUAAAAGAAGAGUCACUACAACCAUUACUACGGGGACCCGCAACCAAACGGCUUCUGGAAAAGUAUCGAGGUUAUAAAAAAAAACAAAAGGAACCAAAACCAUCCAAAAUGCGUCCUUUGUCUGAAUUUCUUGCGGAACUAAAAUUAGGAUCUACGGAAGAUGACUUGAGAAAAAAACUUUAUGUUACAUGCGUUGAACACUUGAAGUUUGCAACUCACGCUGAUCUAGAAGAGUUUAUGGAUAAGGAGUCUGCGAGGAAACUCCUAAAGGCCUAUUCAAAAGAAAAGCAGAAGAAGAAGAUAGAAAAGGCCACUACAGCAACCCAAAACUUUUUUAAACCUCUCAGUGAGUGCAUAAAGGUUUCAGUGCAACAAGUACUCACCCUCCGGAUAAACACGAAUUCUAAAGUAAAGGUGGACCCAACCCCGGAGAAGUCAAAGACUUCAGAUUCAGGGCUUCCAGCCCUGCCUACAAAACAAAUAACAGACUCAAAGCCCCAAUCUCAUGAUGAUAAACCCCCUCAACCGGAGAUAAAACUCGCUAAUCAAGGUGUCCAUCUUCCACAGAUUCCCCCAGAAAACGAAUGCAACAUACCAACACGACCACCAAACAGUCCCACUGUCUCUUCAUCUGGUCCAUCUGCACCACCGGAAUCAUUAGCCAACGGAAGUGCUCCUCAGUCUCCUCAACUCCCACUCUCCUCAAGGUCACCACGGCCAUCUGCAUUACCGGUCGAUUGGGUGCUCGUAAAAGGAGAUGAUGUCGACAAAGAGUUGGCAAAUAUGGAUGAAGAACCUGAAUCCGAAUCAGAAUUGACGGUGCCAGAUUUCUUCGCCGUCGCUCGUGGUAGGGAGGCGUGGCAGACGUUCAGUUCUCUAAUCAUCACGGAGGAAGAUAUUGCCGCUGUACGACAGUGUCUAGGGUUAAUGGAGUCGCCCGACACGGAUGUGAGUGAGGCGUUGCACUUCGUCCGCGAAAAACAGACCCUAUCACCGUUCUAUUUUCAGCGUCCGCCACCUGAGACGACUUCCAACAUUCCUACAGAAUGGCACCACAAAACGGCAGCCCAAAUGGUGCGGCUCAGGCACCUCUACGGCCUCGCAGUGCCAUACACUCUGCAGCAGUGUUUUAGAGCCCUCGUCGAGGUCGACUGGAACAUCGAAGAAGCUCUGAAUCUCCUGCCUUGGUUAGGAGAUUAA